UUUUCCUCAGAUUUCACUUUUUUGUACCUCAUCUCUACUCUGUAUGCAGCUGGCGGACUUUUUCCUAGGCGAUGUCGGCUUAAGUUGGGAACGCCGCAAAGCAAUUGAAUUCUCGUUCUUCACGCUCGCGGACUCGGGCGCCUUUGCCACACAUGCUCCGAGACGCUUAAACGAAGCGUUGGCCAUCAUGCGUCCUUUCAAGCUGGACAUCUGGCCAUAUCUAAUACUGACUAUUGUGUUCUCUGGUCCCAUCUUCUAUGGCAUCAUUGCGCUGCCUCACAAGUGGCGGCGUCGCCAGGUGGCUUUGGAUGUGGAGCAGCUGGGCGAGCUUUGCAUUUACAUGGCCUACAUCAAGGAGAUUACGCCCUGUGUGUUACUCAUGAGAUCGAGACGUCCAAGACGCACUCCACCUCAAUCUGAGAUGCCGCCGCAGCUCUUCGAGCGUUGCAUCUGGUUCACGCUGCGUCUGUUUCUCAAGCAAUCUUGCCACGAGCUGUACCACGAUUAUCGAGCCAAGUUCCUGACAAUCGUCUACUGGAUUGCCGCCACCUAUGUGCUGGCCGAUGUCUACUCUGCGCAGCUGACAUCGCAGUUUGCUCGCCCCGCUCGUGAGGCGCCCAUCAACACGUUGCAACGUUUGCAGUUCGUGAUGCAACAGGAUGGCUAUCGCUUGUAUGUGGAGAAGGAGAGCAGUUCCCUGGAGAUGCUCGAGAAUGGCACCGAACUCUUUCGCCAGCUCUACGCUUUGAUGCGGCAACAGCAGCCCGACGAUCAUCGCGCUUUUCUCAUUGACUCGGUGGAGGCGGGUAUUAAGCUCAUAGCGGAUGGCAGGGAGAACAAGGCUGUCUUGGGGGGACGUGAGACGCUCUACUUUAACAUACAACAAUACGGAGCAAAGAACUUUCAAUUGAGCCAGAAACUCUAUACUCGAUACUCGGCGGUGGCGGUGCAGAUCGGUUGUCCCUUUCUCGACAGUCUCAAUGAUGUUCUAAUGCACUUGUUCGAGGGUGGAAUACUGGACAAGAUGACCACAGCGGAGUACGAGGCACAAGCACGCAUGAUGACCAAGGAUCAGGCUAAACAGUCGAAAGAGUUGGCUGCCGCUGAGAAUGCGAAUACCAAGAGCAACGAGGCCAAGGCGCAGCCUCAGCAUGCGCAGGACAACGAGAUGAUUAGCGCCUUGAAUCUGCGGAUGCUGCAAGGCGCCUUCAUCGCCCUCGCCGUUGGCUCCCUCACAGCAGCUCUAAUGCUGCUGCUAGAACUCUGCUAUCGCCGCUUGAAUCUGGCGCAGUCGCUGCGACGUCGACGUCUGCGUUGGCUGCGACGCUGGCGACGCCUUCAGCUGCUUCAGUUGUUUCAAAUGCUGCGUCAGUUGAGCGUGCGAAUCUUUGCACAGAAUUUGGGUUGAUUACUUUAUCGCAUCUCUGCGUUAUUUUUAUGCAAAUCAUUAGCAAUGAGAUUUGGACUUGACUUGGCGCUAGCUUAUUUGAUCACCAUACGCACA